UGACGUCGGGCGAUUUAGGUACUCUGGGAUCCGUUUGCGGGUUCUGAGUGUCAUCAGUCCUAAGUCAGUGACUGAGGUCAAUGGGAAGUACGAGAGGCGUCGUCCCCGCUGCAGGGAAGCCGCUGUCAGGCCCAACUGAGUCCGUUGGUGACGGCGGCGCCCUGUUCUCGCCCCAUCGCCCCGCUCCGGUUCCGCUCUUCCCGCAGGUCUGUGGCGGGGGCCGCACCGAUGGGCCGGACUCAGGGGACACAGGGCCAGGCGUGUCGCCUGGAGUGGCAACCUGAGCUUCUGGACGUUGUGGAAGGUUCUGACGGGACGGCAGUGAGGAGGGGCACGCCCAGAGCGAGAAGUUUAAAGUCGGUGAAAACAAGACGGGGAAUGGAGGCCGUAUGGAGAUGGGGAGAGCACAGGAAACAGGUUUCAGGGAGAUCAUGAGUUGGAUUUUGGACAUGUGAUCCUAAGAUGUCACAAGGUGGAGACAUCACGUUCCCAUCGCAGUGGCAGAAAUGGAUCCUAUGCAGGAGACUGGAGGAUAUGCCAGGCCUUCAUCCACUCCAGUGACCACCCUGAUGGUUUUGCCACUCGCAUAUAAACAAUGGUGGUGUCGUGAAAUUGUUUACCCAUUCUUCUCCCUGUCUUGGGUUUGAAGUCCCUGUGGUUUCACCAACACCCGGGAUCUUGAACUCAGCCUCAGAUUAUAUGGAGGGGUUCCCAUUUCUGACAACCAAUGAGGGGCAAGUGGUUUUUACAGAAGUGGCCAUACAUUUCUCUCAGGAGGAGUGGGACCUCCUUUAGGAGGCUCAGAGGUGCUUGUACAACCAUGUGAUGCUGGAGAACUUUGCAGUUUUGCCAUCACUAGGUUGCCUUGAGGAAAAGGGAGGGGCCUGGCUGCCUGACAGUGUGCACAUCACUCCAUCAAUGGCAACAGGAAAUGACCCUGGUGCUUCAGAGCUAGGAAAAGGCUGGUUUCAUGGAGCCCAGGAUGAGACGGCCUCUUCUGAGCAAGGUGAUUCUGUGGGAGAGUCAAAGGUCAAGACUCCAAAGCCAGAUCUGUCCACCCACAGGGCCCAGGCCUGUGAGACAUGUAGCUCCCUCUUGAAAGACAUUUUGUCCAUAGGGUUGGUCGUCGGUUCAGCGCCUCAGAAGCGUUUCCUGGGCAUCGAGGGUCCCAUGGCAGUGGCAGAAAUGCUCAUGGACCUUGCACAGGGCCGUGUGGUCUUUGAGGACGUGGCCAUACAUUUCUCCCAGGAGGAAUGGGAACUCCUUGACGAAGCUCAGAGACGCCUGUACCACCGUGUGAUGACGGAGAAUGUCGCACUUCUAUCUGCCAUAGGCUGGUGUCAUGGAGCCCAGGAUGAGGAGGCCCCUUCUGAACAAGGUGAUUCUGUGGGAGAGUCACAGGUCAGGACUCCAAAGCCAGAUCUGUCCACCCACAGGGCCCAGCCUUGUGAUGUGCAUGGCCCACUCUUGAAAGACGUUUUGCAUCUUGCUGAGCGUGAUGGAAUGUACCCUGAUCAAAGGGUAUAUAUUUGUGGGACAGAUCUUUACCAGCACCAAAUGGAGCAGAUUGGAGACAGACUUUGCAAAAGGGAUGAGGGGAGGCCUUCAUUUGUGCUGAACGGCAGCACUCACAUGACAGAGGAGAUCCUCACGUGCAUGGAGAGUGGGAAGGACUUCCAGUCCAGCACAAGCCUCCCUCAGCACCAGGCCCCUCACAGUGGAGGGAAGCCACAUGGGGACUCCGAGUGCAGAGAGGCCUUUGAAAGUGGACAAAAUGACUACAGGUGCACUCAGUGUGGGAAAGGCUUCAGCCGAAAGCAGAUACUUGUUCAGCACCAGAAAAUUCACACUGGAGUCAGGCCUCAUGAAUGCAGCAAAUGUGGAAUGGCCUUUAUUAGAAAGUUCCACCUUGUUCAGCACCAGAAAAUCCACACUGGAGAAAGGCCUUUUAAGUGCAGUGAGUGUGGGAAAGCCUUUAGGUCCAAGUCCACACUCAUUAGUCACCAGAGAGUUCACACUGGAUUAAGCCCUUAUGAGUGCAGCAAAUGUGGGGGAUUCUUUAAGUACAAAGCCAACUUCAUGAAACAUCAGAGAAUUCACAAUGGUGAAUGGCCUUAUGAGUGCAGAGAAUGUGGAAAAUUCUUUAGGUAUAACUACAGACUGAUAAGACAUGAGAGAGUUCACACUGGAGAAAGGCCUUAUGAGUGCAGUGAAUGUGGGAAAUUUUUCAGGUAUAGCUCCACAUUCAUGAGACACCAGAGAGUUCACACUGCAGAAAGGCCUUAUGGUUGCAAUGAAUGUGGCAAGUUCUUUAGGUACAACUCCACACUCGUUAAACAUCAGAGAGUCCACACCGGAGAAAGGCCUUAUGAGUGCAGUGAAUGUGGGAAGUUCUUUAGGUACACUUCCACACUCAUUAGACAUCAAAGAGUUCACUCUGUAGAAAGGCCUUAUGAGUGCAGCUUAUGUGGGGAAUUCUUUAGGUACAAGUCCAAGCUCAUUAAACAUUGGCAAAAUCACACUGGAGAAAGGCCUUAUGAGUGCAGUGAAUGUGGGAAAGCCUUUCGGUACCACUGCAGACUCGUUAGACAUAAGAGAGUUCACACUGGAGAAAGGCCUUAUGAGUGCAGUGAGUGUGGGAAAUUUUUCCGGUACAAUUCCAACCUCAUUAAACAUUGGAGAAAUCACACUGGAGAGAGGCCUUAUGAGUGCAGCGAAUGUGGGAAAGCCUUUAGCCAUAAACAUAUACUUGUCGAGCACCAGAAAAUCCACAGUGGAGAAAGGCCUUAUGAGUGCAGCAAAUGUCAGAAGGCCUUCAUUAGAAAGUCCCACCUCGUUCAUCACCAGAAAAUCCACAGUCAGGACACCUAUGAGCACCAUGAAUGUGGGGAACUCUUUAGAUACAACACCAGCCUCAUUAAACAGAAUUCACACUGAUAAAGACUUCAUGAAUGCAGAGAAUAUGGUAGAUCCUGUAGGUACCACUCUAAACUCAUUACACUGGAGAAUCACCUUCUGAGUACAGUGAAUGUGGGGACGUCUUUAGGUACAACUGCAGCCCAUCACACGUCAGAGAUUUCACGGUGGAGAAAGACCUUAUGAGAGCAGCAGACAUGGGCAUGUGUUCAGCCAAAACUCCCACCACAUUCUGGCACCGAAAAGUUCACACCAGAGAGAGGACUGCAAAUGGGGAGAGACUUCAGCCAAAUGUCUGCUAUAAUUUAUCUCUGGGAGCUACUGCAAUGUGUUUUUUUAAUCUUACGUUUUUAAUUGUGGUAAAA